CCGGUAUUGUCUUCCUAUAUCCAAAGUUUUCUCUCACGUUAUGUAUCAUACAAAGAUGAUGAUUGGGUACACCAGUUUUAUGCUCUUCAUCUUUUUAGCUCCAUCUGUGGCUUUCUUGACAGAUGACAUGGCAAGACAAGCUGGAUAUGGAGAAGAGAAGCUCUCUACGGUGGUGGUUUCUGGGGCGUUAAUCUGCGACGAUGAGUCGCACCCAAUCCCUGGAGCAUCGGUGGCGGUUUGGUGUGGUACGGAUAGGAAAUCCAUUAUUAGAGGCAAAACCGACGAAUAUGGAGACUUUCUUAUUGAUCUUCCAUCCCAUCUUCAUGCAAUUCCAGACAUGGAAAAGAGAUGCCGUGUUAGAAUUGUUGGGGUGCCAAACAAAUCUCCUUGUCACCGACACCAACACCGAGCAAAACACACCGCUCAGAUCAAGUUGUUGUCAUCAGGGAACGGUGUUCGCACGUACUCCACACACCAGAUCCAUCUCAGUACACGUUCACACCCAUUCAGGGGACAUGUUAUAAACAAGUGAAGAGACCUGACCUUCACAGCUUAUAUAUACACACCCACGUACUCAUGAUUAUGAUGGCGCUACAGUCACAAGUCAUAGCACUAGUAUGCAUGGAACUUAUAUAUACAUCCUAAGAGAGAACUAAUGUAAAUAGACAUACAUAUAUAUAUAUAUAUAUAUAUAUAUAGUAUUUCCUAUGUACUAGCUAGCGUGAAACAGAUCAUACUUUUAUAAAAAGAAAAAUAAAUGAUGUCCAUAGACUGUUGUGAUCCAUGAUAUGAUCAAAAGUAAAAGGGAAUAUUAUUGUUUAGAUGCUUUUCUAUUUUGCAUC